UGUCUCCAGCGUAGGGCGUGCAGGCCUCCACCAGGGCAGCACAGGCACUGUGACAGAUGCUUCAACCGUCACUGCCACAUGCCUAUGGAGCCUGGUGUCUCCUGCCUGGUGAUAAACUGCCACCUGUCCUGCGGUGCUACCUUCCACAUGUGCAAAGAGGCAGAGCACGAGCUCCUGUGCCCUUUAGAGCAGGUUCCGUGCCUCAACUCCGAAUAUGGCUGCCCCCUUUCCAUUUCCCGUCACAAGCUGGCCAAGCACCUGCAAGUGUGCCCCGCCAGCGUGGUCUGCUGCUCCAUGGAGUGGAACCGCUGGCCAAACAUGGACUCUGAAACAGCCCUUCACGAGAACAUCAUGAAAGAGACCCCCAAUGAGGAGUGCUUGGACACAGCCCUGGCCCUCCAAGACCAGAAGGUCCUCUUUAGAUCUCUGAAAAUGGUAGAACUUUUCCCAGAAACUAGAGAAUCCAUGGAAGAGGAACCUACCAUGAAUGGUGAAGCCAGUUGGAAGGAAAUGGAAGGAGCGGUGGGUGGGGCAGAUGCUGGUUUGGUAACAAGCGGCUCUCUGUCAACCACCAAUGGAGAGGUGGCAGAGCUGAGUCCAGAAGAACGAGAGGUAUUAGCCAAAACCAAAGAAGGGAUGGACCUAGCCAAGUUUGACAAGUGGGAAAAUAUGUUCAGCAAAGAGCAUGCGGCGUCUGCUUUAACGAGCUCAUCAGUGAGCAGUGAGAGCAAGAGCAGGGAUGGCCCAGAGAAAGAACAGAUUUCCAGCAGCAACAACAUGGUAGAAAAGAGCGCUGCCAAAGGGAAGGAAACACAGGAAGACCAGAAGCAGCAGGACUUUCAUGAAGCCAUAGAAAAGUCAGGGCUUGCCCCUUGGCAGGAUGGUGUUCUGGAAAGACUGAAAACAGCCAUGGAUGCAAAGGACUAUAAUAUGUACCUGGUGCACAAUGGGAGGAUGCUUAUUCACUUUGGUCAGAUGCCUGCUUGUACACCUAAAGAGAGAGACUUUGUUUAUGGCAAACUCGAGGCUCAGGAAGUGAAGACUGUUUACACCUUCAAAGUUCCCAUGAGCUACUGUGGGAAGCGGGCUCACCUCAGAGACACCUUGUUGAGUAGUAGGCCAAGUGAACACAAGGCAGUAGAUACUUUGGAUUUAGGGAUCACUGUGGAGGACCUCCCCAAAUCAGAUCUCAUCAAGACCACCCUGCUGUGUGCUCUGGAAAGAGAACUCAAAGGUCAUGUCAUCUCUGAGUCCAGGAGCAUUGAUGGGCUGUUCAUGGAUUUUGCUACACAGACAUACAGUUUUGAGCCAGAACAAUUUUCCUCCAGGACGGUGCUGGCUGACCUUCUAACCACUGCUAAUCUGAAUGGGCUCCAUAUGGAGCUCCACAGUGAGUGUGUGACCAGGAGACACAACAAGAGCAGUUCUGCCUUUACUUUCACUUGCAACAAAUUCUUCAGGAGGGAUGAAUUUCCCCUACAUUUCAAGAAUGUCCACACAGACAUUCAGUCAUGUCUCAAUGGUUGGUUCCAGCACCGAUGCCCCCUUGCCUACUUGGGAUGUACCUUUAUUCAAAACCAUUUCUGUCCCCCAGGGAAAAAGGCAAAAGUAAUCUAUAGUCAGGAGCUCAAGACCUUUGCCAUCAAGCCGGAGGUUGCUUCAGAGCUGAGUGAGGGAGGGAACAACCAUCUCUCAGGCCGUGAAGGAAAAACCCAGAAUUCUCUAACCAGCCUGCCCCUGGAGGUUUUGCAGUACAUUGCUGGGUUCUUAGACAGCAUCAGCCUAGCCCAGCUCUCCCAGGUGUCCGUGCUGACGAGGAAUAUCUGUGCCACUUUGUUACAAGAGAGAGGGAUGGUCCUCCUGCAGUGGAAGAAGAAGAGGUAUUCCCAUGGAGGCACCUCGUGGAGAGUUCACAGAAAGAUCUGGCAAUUCAGCAGCCUCUUCUCCAAAGUCAAGGGCUGGGAGUUUAAUGAAGUUGCCUCCAUGUCUGAGCACCUGAAGUCCUGUCCUUUCAACGUUGUAGAACACAAGACUGACCCGAUUCUUUUGACCAGCAUGUGUCAGCCCCGUGAGCAGGCCUCAGAGACUUUAGUCACCACCUUUAAUGCCAGACCAAGAGGAAGACACACCUACUGAAGGCUCAGAAGCCACCCUUCUUGGAUUCCCACUCAGGGUUACUGAAAGUUCGACAGAGUUUGGUUUUGAGGACUUCCUUCUGUAAACUGCAAAUGUGCUUAUCUGGGUGUUUUGGAACAUGCAAUGUCCUUCAAAACCUGAGCAGCUGCACAAGGCCGAAGAAUUUCCUAAGCCAUGGCUUGUAUAACUGCUAUAGUGCCAUACUGAUAACUUAUUUCCUCCCUCCCCCCACACUCUUUUUCUAAAAUAAAUCAGUCUGUGAAGUAUUUUAAAUAGGUGACUUGAGGCCAUUUGGAAGAUGAGAUGAGAGAGCCGUGAAAUUCCAUAACCAGCACAGGCCUGUGCUUUUGUGGAGAGCUUUUCAGUUUAUAAGCACUUGUAAUGAUAUGGAGCAGGCAAUGUAGGGAUGGGGACUGACAUGCCUCCCAGGGCACCCAGGGUGAAGGGCACAGUUUGAAGUUUCUGGAGCUGGGGUUGUCCUGACAGCCAAGUCCAGGGCUUUUUUUAGUUGCCCCACUGCCUCUAAGCCCAGACAGUCCAAACAGCCCGAAAGAAUAGAGACCUAGGCUAAGCACAACAGCCUCGAGGACACCAAAGGCCAAAGGAUGAGAGGUAGA